UUUGAAAACGUUUUUCCCGUCACAAGUCAUAGACCUUUUCUCGCGGAGGAAGUGAUAUAUUGACUAUUCCAAGCAACUGGAAAUCCUUGCUUUUCUUUUACGUUCCGUUUCUUCGAUUCCACAGAUCAUCCGAUUCGUCUCUCUCCGUAAGAACUCCGAAUGUUUCGAUCAGAGUCCCGAUCUGACCAUUUCGAUCCGAAAUUCGAAUUCUGGAAUCCGAUCGAAUCGUCCGCGAUGAUGAACCCGAGCUUCGUAUCGAGUCCAGUUACGAACACGGCGAAUAGAGUAGCGGCUAGGAGGAGGAGGAAGGAGAGGAAGCUAAGCAUACUGUCGGCUGCGAAAAGUCAAGAUGCGAACAGUAACAACUCCGCCGCUGAUUGGAAAUCGGAGACGCAAGAGCAAGUUUACUCUUCUAGGCUUCUCGGAGCUCUGCGGAUGCUCCGGAUAAAUCCGCCGUCUCCGACGGCGCCGAAGGGCGGGAGAGCGGUUCGGGAAGCCGCGGACAAAGUUUUGGCGGUCACUGCGAAGGGGCGAACCAGGUGGAGCCGCGCGAUCCUCACCAACCGCCUCAAGCUGAAGUUUAUGAAGAGGCACAACAAGCGGCAGAGAUUGGUGUCGGCGGCGAGAGGGAGUAAUCGCCGGUGUUCGAAGAAACCGAGAUUGAUUAUUCAGCAGCUGAAGAUGAAGAAUUUGCCGACUGUACAGAGGAAGGCUCGGGUAUUGGGCCGGAUUAUACCUGGAUGCCGGAAAGAGCCGCUGCCGGUGAUUUUGGAAGAAGCCACCGAUUAUAUUGCCGCUCUGGAAAUGCAAGUACGAGCCAUGAGCACUUUAGCCGGCCUACUUUCCGGUGCAUCUUCAAGCUCAGAUCCUCAUCCAUCUUGAUCAUUCCAAUCCUAAUUUUCUUAUUUUCCAAUUCCCUGUAAUUCUGUAAAAUACAUUUUAUACUUGCUGCCACUUAUAUAUUUCCACUUAUACAGUUUUAGCUUCAAAGGUACCCUAGAGGAAUGCUCGGAGUGUUGGGUCUACAUGAUUUUAAGUACACUAUUCACACACAUUUUCUGCCUAUAUAUAAACAAUUAUGUUCAAAUGGUGCACCAAGCAUUUCUAUUAUCUUCUAAUACACACCUUGUUAGCGGACAGUAAUUCCUCUAAUUACAUUAUGAUUUGUAUGAACAGCUAUAGCGAUACAAG